AUGAACAAUCUCCAUAAACAUUGCUUUUCAAACAACAUUAUCAACAGAGAGUUAGGCUUCUCUCAUCCAUCCUCUUUCACUCAUCACUUUUACGCUUCUCAGGUUCUUGUAAAGAGUUUGAAUUUAUAUGCAAAACUAGAGGGUCAUGAAGGAUGUGUUAAUGCAGUGGAGUUUAACUCCACUGGUGAUGUUAUUGUCUCUGGUUCUGAUGAUAGACAAAUUAUGUUUUGGAAUUGGGAAUCAAAAAGUAAAGUUUUUGAUUAUAUUUCUGGUCAUGAAGACAAUGUUUUCCAGACUAAGAUUAUGCCGUUUAGUGAUGAUAGUCGGAUUGUGACUUCGGCUGGUGAUGGUCAGGUAAGGCUUGGACUUCUCCAGGAGGAUGGUAGAGUUAUCACUACAAUGUUGGGGAAGCACGAUGGUUCUGUAUACAAGCUUGCUGUGGAGCCAGGAAGUCCCCACAUAUUUUAUAGUUGUGGUGAAGAUGGGUUUAUUCAACAUUUUGAUUUGCGAAGUAGUUCAGCUACAAAACUUUUCUGUUGUUCCGUACCCAAAGGGAACAAAAAACAGCCUCCGAGAAAAAUAGGGUUGAAUGCCAUUGUGAUUGACUCUAGAAUUCCGUAUUACUUUGCAGUUGGUGGAUCAGAUGAAUAUGCACGUGUUUACGACAUAAGAAAAUGUCAAUGGAAUGCUGCAAAAGAUUCAGACCAACCUGUUAACACGUUUUGCCCUAGUCACCUAAUCGGGUCAAGUAAUGUCCAUAUCACAGGAUUGGCCUACUCAAAGUCAAGUGAACUCCUUGUCUCUUAUAACGACGAGCUCAUCUAUCUGUUUGAGAAGAAUGCAGGCUUCAAUCCUUUGCCUUCAUCUGUUGCAUCUGAAGAUCCGAAGAAUCUUCAAGAGGCUCGAGUUUACUCGGGACAUAGAAAUGCACAGACGGUUAAAGGAGUGAAUUUUUUCGGCCCUAAUGAUGAGUAUGUGUUGAGUGGCUCAGAUUGUGGACAUAUAUUCAUCUGGAAGAAGAAAGAUGCUAAGCUGGUGAGAUUAAUGGUAGGUGAUCAACAUGUCGUAAACCAACUUGAGCCCCAUCCUCACAUACCCUUUCUAGCUACUUGUGGCAUAGAAAAAAAUGUGAAAAUAUGGGCUCCUCUAGGGAGAGAUACUCCUCCACUUCCUUCUAACGCGAAAGAGAUAAUUGAGGCAAACAGACAGGGAAGGGAAGAUCGGUCACGUGUCACUCUUACUCCUGAUGUUAUAAUGCACGUUCUUCGCCUGCAGAGGCGGCAAACAUUGUCGUACAUUGAAAGAAGACAUAAUAGCACGGAUAUUGUGAGUGACGACGAAGAUGAAGAGAAGUAUCUUUUAGGAUUGUUAGAGGGCGAUCUAUCUUCUGAAGAGGAUUCUUCUGCAAAUUCCAGGGAUUGCAACAUCAGCUAA